AUGUCUUACGUGAACCGCAUUACUGUAAGUUUUAUAACUUUCAAAAUUUUAGGAAAGCUCGUCCAGAAAUAUUCCAGUCAACUGCCCAAAGUACUGUUUGUGCCUCAGAAGCCGUAUUUCCCCAGCGGGACUCUGCGGCAACAGAUCGUCUAUCCGUGCCGUGCCGUAUACUGUACUAAAAGUAUUCAUCCGCAUAAGCUUGUCAACGCCAUUUCUCUAAAAGGCGACUUAGAUAUAAAGACGGACAACAAACUGCUUGACUAUAUGCAGAUGUUGAAAUUGGAGUACCUACUAGAGAGAACGAAUGGCUUGGACGAACCAGUGAAUUUUGACUGGAACCACAUGUUGACGCCAGGCGAAAUGCAGCGACUGUCAAUCAUGCGAGUGUUGUUCCACAAGCCGAGCAUCGUGUUUCUCGACGAAGCUACAAGUGCCGAAGGCAUAACCUGCGUGUCUGUCGGCCAUCGAGAUUCGUUGCGGAAGUUCCAUGACUUGGAGUUAAACCUGGAUUCGAAUGGUUCAUGGCAUCUGAUCCCCAUUAGCGCGAAAUAUCAUGUUAAAGCCUAA